UAUAUUUUACCAUUCGAAAAGAAAAAAAGAUAUAUCUGCGCCAGUGAUUUCUUAAGAAGAGUAUUUAAGCAGAUCUAAACUUAAACCUAACCUAUAAAUACGGAAACUAUCUCUGGGCAUGACGGAUAUUAUUAAAUCGUUGAUUUAAAAGACAGCAGAUAAUUUUACAGGCAUGUUUACAGUUGUAAAUCAUCCGCACGAAUUUGAGUAUCGGCGGAACGUAGGGGAGCCUCGACCUGAGAUCAUCAAUCACCGAGAACAAGAAACUAAACGAUGGUCAGAGAAAAUGAGAAAUGAAGAGAACACAUAUAAACACCUUAAAAAACACCGUGAUUCACUUCUUGAAUCAGAGUUGAUGUAUAAAAAGACUAUAAAGGAAUUAGAAAAAGAAAAGGCUGAGCUAAUUAAAAUUUAUGAGCCAACAUACAAUGAAAAUAAAGUAUUAAAGAGUGUUUUAGAGCAUGGCCCGGACGCUGUCAAAAUGAAAAAGUUGCAGAAAGCUCGGAAAGAAUUGGGAGAAGAAGUAGAAGCACUUAAAGAUGAAAAUAAGAAAUUGACAGAGCAAAUGCAAGAAAUUAUCAAGAAAAAUGCAAAAGCGAGAGACAUUGUAUUAGAAAAAAGCUGGAAAGAUGUGCUUGCCGACAGUAAGAAAAAGAAAGAGAAAAAUGGGAAAAACCAUACCCAGUGGCCUUUUCCUAGUAAAGAAGUUGACAGAAACAAAAAUACAAUUGAAAAGGAUAGUAUGAAUGAGGAUGACGUGUAUGACUUACAAUUAGACAACGUCGAGAAAGAAAUACAGAUAUUGUUAAAUAAUGUGAAAUAUAUAAAGAAACAGAAAGAAAAACUAGAUUAUGCAAUCUCAAUGGGGAAAGGUGCUGUUGUUAGAAAUUCUGUUCUAGAAAAUGCAAUACAUGACAAACUUGAUGAAGAUCUUAAUACAUUCAAAGGUAAAUUAAAGAAUGCAAAGAGAAAACAUGAUGACAUUAAACAAAAAAUGGAACAAAAGGAAAAAGAUGUGACAGAAAGGAGGAUAGAAGGAGAAGAAAAUGCUGAAAAGAAACCAUUAACUGAGCGGACUGAAGUUCUGGAUAAAACAAAAAGCUACAAAACAAGCGAAACACAAACAGAUGGUCAGACUGGUUUGAAACAUGACGGAUCUGCCAAUUCGCCAAAUGAACUGAAAUCACACAAGAAAAGAUAUAAUAAGCCUCAAUCUGACCGUGCAAUACAGACUGAUUUUCCUAAAACUGAACAAGUACGAAAGGCAAAUAAAGAAGUUAAUCGUGCAAUACAGACUGAUUUUCCUAAAAAUGAACAGGUACGGAAGGCAAAUAAAGAAACUAACCGUGCAAUACAGACUGAUUUUCCUAAAACUGAACAAGUACGAAAGGCAAAUAAAGAAACAUAUUUAGAUCAAUAUGAGAACAAGAAGAUGAAACUCCGAGAAGCAAAAGAAAUGUCGUCACAGAAGGUUUCUUCACGGAAGGUUCGCACAGAAUACGCAAAGAAACUGGUUGUCAGAAGAGGUGCAAGUCCAAACAGACUUGAAAUUACCUACCGAGAUCCAGUAGACAGUUGUCAAGUUAAAGACACUAAACAAGACAAGAAGAAUGUUCCAGUGAAAAGAACUCAAGCAGUGCAUUCUAACGACAGAGACAAAUUUGAUGAACGUUUGCCUGUUCUCACAAAAGCCAAGAAUUCAAAUACAAGGACAAACUUGAUAAAUGCAAGACCUAAAUCAGAAGGUGAUGACUAUCUAAGUAAUCAACAAAAUAUUUCUGAUUAUAAAGAUAUGAUAAUGAUACCGGAAACCGAUGUAGUUCGAAUGUUGAAGCAUAGCUACUCAAAGAAACCAAGAAACAAUUUUGAAAAGUCAAAAAUAAAGUCAAGAAGUAAUAUAGACGUUAGAAGGACAGAACCAUUUUCAAAACAUAUUGCCAAGAAAAACGUUCCAGCAAGUCUUCCUGCAACAAGUAGAUAUUCUAAUGAGCCUGUUUUAGAAGAAACGCAUUCUUGGAAAAUUGAAAGUAAUUUACUGAACUAUGCUGAUAACCAAAUGAAUUCAGUAAAGCCGGUGAAAGAAUUUAAGUUGGUUGUUCCAAUGCAAAAUAACUUUGUUCAUUUUAAAGACGAACUGGGCAACGAGGAAAUGGAUAAACGAGACGAAAGUGCUUACGAUGAAGUUCUUGUCGAUUUAAAAAAUCAGCACAGACAGUCUGCACAGGAUGUAUAUCAGGAAUUUGAAAGGACAGUUCAAACUUUUAGAGAAUAUAAAGAUACUGCCAGGGAAAAGAACAAACGGCAGCAAAAUAAAUCUGGUCUCUUUCCAAGCAUCGUUUCCCAAGAUCAUAUUAGAUUUACAUCUGAUAGUAGGCAGGUCACUGGAAGAGAAUUAAGGCAGCUUCUGGAAAAUAGAAGAGUGGGACACACCUAGAUAUUUUAUAUUACGGCUCGGAAAAUUUACAGCAAAAUUAAUUCAAAAUUCACAUAGCAUAUUUGUCUCCCUUGCAACGUCGAAUUCAGUUGUAUAACUAUCAUGUAUAAAAUGUUUAUGGGCUUUAUUUUCUAUAACUUUUCAUUAGUAUACUAAAAUGAACUGACGUAUCAGUGAGUACAAUGUGCAUGUUUAAUUGCAUAUUAAAGAAAGGUAUCAUUAGAGUGUUGAAUAUCUCUAAGCAUUUAUUAUUUAUCGUCAAAGCAGAUGUUACUAAGGCUUUCUAUUUGAUUCCUGACAAUAAAUUUUAACAACACA